AAACUAAUGCGCAUAAAUCUAUUGCGGUAGGAAUAUGCCUCGCUGCCGGAGGUGCUGUAGCGUAUUACUGCUACCAGGAGAUGUAUAACGACAGACGGAGGACGGGAUACCGACUCAACCACGGAGCCCUGCUUCCAUCCCUGCCUGCAGUAGCUGCUAAAGAAAAGGCUCAGAUGAUUGAUCUUGAGGACAGCGAUGUGCACAUGUCCUCUCACGAGCACAGGUUCCGCAUGUUCAGCUCGGUCGAGUACGAGGGCCAGCUCUACAUGACACCGCUCAACUUCAUCGAGUCCCUCACCAUGAGCGAACCCAAGAAUAAGAAGUCAUGGAGGUCCCUCACCAAACAGGAGCUUGAGAAGAUUCUCUCAGACACACCACCCGUUUGGAAAGGAACCUCCAAACUGUUCCGGAAUCUGCGUGAAAGGGGCAUCAUCGCUUACACUGAGUAUCUUUUUCUGCUCUGCAUCCUGACAAAGCCUCACGCUGGCUUUAAGAUCGCCUUCAACAUGUUUGACGCCGAUGGAAACCAGAUGGUGGACAAGAGAGAGUUCCUGGUGCUACAGGAGAUCUUUCGCAAGAAAAACGAGAAGAGGGAGAGGAAAGGAGACGCUGAGAAAUCUGCACAGCUGCGAGCUGACGAGAACAUGAUGAUUGACACCACUCUGCUGGUACAUUUCUUCGGGAAGAAGGGAAAGGCUGAGCUGACAUUCCAGGAUUUUUACAGGUUCAUGGACAACCUGCAGACGGAGGUUCUGGAGAUCGAGUUCCUCACCUACUCCAAGGGCAUGACCACCAUCAGCGAGGAGGACUUCGCCCGCAUCCUGCUGCGCUACACCAACGUGGAGAACAUCAGCAGCUAUCUGGAGAACGUCCGCCAAAGCAUCCCCGACGAGAAGGGAAUCACGUUUGAGGAGUUCAGGUCCUUUUUCCAGUUCCUGAACAACCUGGAGGACUUUGCCAUCGCCAUGCAGAUGUACAACUUCGCCAGCCGCUCUAUUGGGCAAGACGAAUUUGCACGCGCCGUUUACGUGGCAACAGGACUGAAGCUCACCCGCCAUCUGGUCAACACCGUCUUCAAGAUCUUCGACGUGGAUCACGACGACCAGCUGAGCCACAAGGAGUUCAUCGGCAUUAUGAAGGACCGUCUGCACCGUGGCACAAGGGUGAGCCACCGACAUGCGGCCUCCUUCCCCACCUGUGUGAGGAGGGAGGCUGGGAGACAGGUGAGGCAGCUGUGGAGGAGGUUCCAGGAGAAGUCAUAGAGGAAGACCAGAGGACCGCCAACGGGAUGCCUGUCAGAGCUGUCAAUCGCUGUUCACACCCCACCCAUCUCUCCUGUAAAAAAGCGACUUAAACUCAUUCUGCUGUCACACGCUGUCCGUGUAUAUAACUAAUAUUACACAGUAAAAUGUUGGUUAAAAUAGUCUAUCUCAAAUAGACUCUGUAACAGUUGUUUUAACUCUGUGCAUUUUACUGUGUAAUAAUAAUAAUAUUUUGUAACACAUUUUGUAACCUGUCAAGCAGGACACGGGCUAGUCUUAUAAAUGUAAAAAUUUUGCUAGUGGCAUUAUAGCACCACCUGGUGGCCAAUUGCACUACAAUUAACUGAGGCAUGUAAAAAGAAUCCAAACAGUCAGACAGUCCAAGUAGAGUCCAAUUACAACAGGUGUAAUUAUAGUACACUUGAGUAUAACAGUAAGUAGUAAUAGUAAUAUGAAUGAACACAUUUAUAUCCAUGAGUGUUACAUAAUUCAUGCUGUACUCAUAAAUAUUCUUGAGCGUAUGAGUAAUAAUGCAUUCAUGAAUACACCUUUUAUGAGUGCAUAAAAAGUACGCAGAAAGCUCACUUGGGAACAGUCUUCAGAUUCAGUGCGAGUGCAGCCUACAGCAGAGCUGCUCUGUAGGUGAGGAAGCUGAUAAAAUAGAGGCCUUGCAGGGCUGUUGGUAAAGACAGUGGAAACCCCCCUGUGUGGGAGGACACCGGGAAUCUGACAUCAAUACCCCUGUCUGCUCCGUCUUUCCCGGGUUGAGGAGUUUAAUUCUACCUUUGGGAAGCAUCCAAGAACACACACAGCCUGCAACCACAAAUUCCACUCUCUUCCCCGGAAAUAUAUACACACCUUUUAGUGAGACCACAGACUUGGCACUUUAGACAUGUGUAUGACCCUAAAGCAUUUCAUACAUGCACGCACACACACUCUUAUUUAUAUUUUCUAUAUACGCAGUAUUCCAUUUGUACUCUAAAGUAUUUGGAAAAUUAUGUGUAUAAUGUAUAAUCUUUCAAAUUAUUUACAGAUUAACUUGCAAGGACGGGAUACCAAUGCAUGUACUCCAUUGUGCACCCAACAGAGAAAGAAAAAGUCAUAGCAUUUGGCUAUGGAAACUUUCUAUGGAAUAUUUUUUUUAAAGAAAUAUAGUCUUAAAGUUUCCCUCACAUGAGCCCAGUCAGUUCCUCACACAAGCCCAGUCAACAAAUCCCACAUGAGCCCAGUCAACAAAUCCCACAUGAGCCCAGCCAGCCCCUCACACGAGCCCAGUCAGCCCCUCCCACAAGAGCCCAGUCAGCCCCUCCCACACGAGCCCAGUCAGCCCCUCCCACACAAGCCCAGUCAACAAAUCCCACAUGAGCCCAGUCAACAAAUCCCACAUGAGCCCAGCCAGCCCCUCACACGAGCCCAGCCAGCCCCUCCCACAAGCCCAGUCAGCCCCUCCCACAUGAGCCCAGUCAGCCCCUCCCACACGAGCCCAGUCAACAAAUCCCACACAGCCCAGCCAGCCCCUCCCACAAGCCCAGUCAGCCCCUCCCACACAAGCCCAGUCAGCCCCUCCCACACAAGCCCAGUCAGCCCCUCCCUGAGAGAAAACCUUUAGCUCAGACGAUUUUGCGAGUCUUUCCCUGAGCUAAAAAGCCCCACGUCAUUAAGAGGAACCAAAUGUCCUGUUCUUUCUUGAGCUACCUGAAUCCAUAGAAACACAUACAACAGAAUGACCCUUGCUUUGGGGGGGGCUGUCUUGUUCAAUUUCUUUGUAAUCAAUUUAUAUUUCAGUUCGAAUCAAAUUGUUUCCUCUAUCGUUAUUUACAUGGGGAGUGCAGGAAGAUGCAGACUAAAGUACCUUAGAACUUGCUGUUUAGAGGUAGCAUUGAAUGAUAUUUGAUUAGUAGCGGGUUACUGAGUGAGUUGCUUUCUCAUCUUGAAAGUGCUGAGCCCCUUGGAAUUAAAAGGAGCCAGGCAUUGCACUGUCAGAAACAGCGACACGCAUUUUGAUUCUAUUGUUUUUUUUAUAUCUAUUUAUUAUUCUCAGAACAUUCCUUUUAUUAUUUUUUAAGUUGUAUUAUUGAACUUGCAUUGUCAAGUAGAGUGUAUAGCUGCUCAUCUGAGAAGUGGCUUUUCUGUUGCAGAAGCACUCUGAUUCACAGGGUUUGGAGAUCUGACCAGUACAGAAGAAGCAAUAACAUUAUCAGAGUAAUAACCGGAAUAGAGAUCCACACUUGGCACACCAUUUGUCAUUUGUCUUCCUCCAACCAGUCAGAGACCCUUCGGUGUGCUCUUUGGGAGCCGUUCUGCUGCAUGCACCAUGCCCCAUGCACACGUGCACAGUACAGAAUCCAGCCUCUGUGGCAGCUACAUUCAACCAAAAUAAGAAAAGAAUUGCCAAAGGAUUUAAAGUGAAUUUGAAACUAACUUUAGAUACUGUAAAUGUAUAAAAUAAAAUAAAAACAAUGUUACAGGGGUAUGUAAAGGACAAAGUGCAGAAGGACAAGGUCAUUAUUUUUCUGAGAAUGAGUUUUGGGGCCCUGAAAUCCCCCAAAUUGUGCUUACUAUAUGACAUGUAGCUCAUUUGUUUGUUACUGGCAUGUCUUAUACAUACAGUACUGUAUAAGAAGCCUGGAGUGAUGAAGCUCAUUUGUUUGUUACUGGCAUGUCUUAUACAUACAGUACUGUAUAAGAAGCCUGAAGUGAUGAAGCUCAUUUGUUACUGGCAUGUCUUAUACAUACAGUACUGUAUAAGAAGCCUGGAGUGAUGAAGCUCAUUUGUUUGUUACUGGCAUGUCUUAUACAUACAGUACUGUAUAAGAAGCCUGGAGUGAUGAAGCGCAUUUGUUACUGGCAUGUCUUAUACAUACAGUACUGUAUAAGAAGCCUGAUGUCAUUAUGUGCCUUGCUGAAGCCCUGGCUUUGCUCAGCAUUGAUGGUGCAUUUAAAUCAGCUGCUCCGCAUGUGCUAAUCCAGAUGAGCGGUUUAUACUACAGCCAGCAAAGUUCCCUACCCUUCAUAGUUUCUCCGUACUAGACAAUACUGCGUGAAUGCAACACUGGUUGCUACCUCUCAAUGUGGUGUAGCAUGCAAAUUAGUUUUUUGUUUGCUUGCUCACAUACCUCCGUAUCACAUAUGCAUUUUGGAGAGCAAUGCGAUAUGCAAAAUAUGACCACGUCCAAAGCAAAACAUGGAAUAAAACCAGUUCCUUUCGUUUGUUCUGUUCAUGUUGGCAUCUCCUCUUAUUGUUAGUUUACUCUGUGUUGUUCCGUUGCUCCGUCUUUUAAAACAUCCAGUUAUUCAGCUGUUUGACAAAGUUUUGCUGAGUUGAUGAGUAGGCUAAGUCAGAAUUGCAGUGCUGCGUAAGAAUGUGCUAGAAAAGAUCUUGUUAAAAUCAAAGCACAAAAACACUUUAUACUGAAAAUCUUUCAGCAUGAAUGUAUUUUGGUCAGCUACUCAUUAGCAAUACUAUCAUUCAUAUAGUUUCGUUAUUCGUAUAAUUUUAUCGAGUGUGGUUUGCAUGCCUAAGAUACGUUUAUUGCUUGUUCGUCUAUUGAAGAAGCUGCGCUUGGCAUUUUGGAUUAUACAAUAUUUUACUAGCUUUUGAAAUAUAUUUAGCUAUAAAUGAAUGAAAUUCAAAUUGUGAAAUGUUACUACCAAAUUCCAUAUAAUGAAUGCAUGAAUAAAUUAUUUUGAAAACAAAAA